CCCGACCUAACAACACCUUUGCUGUCAUAGUAAAGCAACCGAUUUAGCGCGUGUGUCUCUUUAGGUGACCACGUGCCUCCCUCUCGUGUUCCACGGGACUGGAGGCAGCCUGGUUAAUAGGAGAGGGACUUCAGCUCACAUCGCUGCAGGCAAGGAAUUAAGCCUGAGUGUGUGCGAAGAAAAUAACACUAUUAACGCUCCUGGAACAUUUCUUUUCUCAAAGAUCAUGAACGUAUUGAUGAACCCGAGUUGGAAUGUAUCUUCACUCCGCCAAUUCUAUCCUCAACGCGCCCCGAGACGACGGCGGGAUGCAGCCUUACCGAUCGAUCGUCAACCCGCCCCGCCGUUGUUUUGAUUGUUGCUAUCAAAAAUUGAACAAUGGAGGCAGCCAAUGGAGCCUGAAGAUUUUUUUUCUUUAUUGCAGGAUGAACAACACAAACAAGCAAUUAUUUAUGAGCGAGCAAGCUAAUGUUCUAUCAAGUGUGUACCUGUUUAUUAUUUAAGGGGGAGUUGUCUAGAAAUAGAUUUUCUUAAUGAUACAACUGUCACAUCAUGCAUGUAUGCAAGUAAAAUCAAUCAUCGACAGUCUCUAUGGAUGUUUGUGGUCUGUGGGAUUUACAAUGGAAAUUAAAAAAAGUAUUUCAUAAGAAUGAUACAAAUGUUCAUUGUUUAUUUCUGUGCAUUCAUUCUUGUAAUUUAAGGCAUUUAAAAAAAAAAAAUUGGUUAAUAGCAUACUGACGUGACGACUAAUGAUUUCAAUAUCAACAGUCUCUGAGGUUACUCAAUUUGCAUUAAAAAGUGAAAAACUGAAUUUAUUAUUUGGGAACUAACAUUUAAAACACAACCAAAUAAACACAAGGCAGCAUUUUCCUGUAAACUCCACGGCCACAACUUGCAUUUAUAAACAUUUGUUUCCAUCCGGUUUCCAUAUAGAUGUCGACAAAGCCACUAGGACGUAAUCAUGCCCGUCGCGGCUGGGCCGACGUAAUGUUCCGUGACAAGACGAUCUUUGUGUCCCGGCUUGCAAAAUGACUAAAGACAGGCUGACAUUUACUUUUCUCAUGCGCCCGUUGUCUGCCAAGCUGCGACCGCUCCACAUACAGAAGUGGCUUUUUUGUGACCAACGUUGUUGUCCUUUGUGUACCGCCGAGCACCAACCAGCCUGCGGCCCUUGUCAUUUUGGCCUUGCACAUGGGCUUAACUGUGUGCUUCUUCCUCCAGGCUAACCAGGCUGAUGAUGUGUGUGUGUUUAUAUGUGUGCAUGGGAGACUCUCAUUCCUCAUAGCCUACAUACAGUAAAGGGAGCGUUGGGAGUAACCUCACUGUUGGAGACGCCUCCUGACAUAAUUUGUUUUCAUGUUUGAGUAUUUUUUGCUUCAUAAUAGCUGCUUUGUAAGUGCGUGUGUGUUGAUGUAUUUUGAAAUCUUUGUCUCCAGGUCAAAGCCUCACCUCUCACAAUUACUCUUAUGGUGAAUCAAGAGCCCCCCCCCCCCAAGUCUGUCCAUUGGAUGGUGUGUGCCUCCCUCUGGUGCCUAAAAUAAGCAGCGCAAGUAAAGAGCUGUAAUUGUGCGACUAUUUUUACAUUUUAUACGGAAAGAUGCUCGGGACAGCCAAAAUGGAGAAGGAAACGCCAUCUAAAAAGGUUGCGGCGCCAUCUGUAUCCCAGAUUAAUGCUGAAUAUGUCACACAGCUUGCUAACAAAUAUUGGGCCCCUCAUACAAAAAACAAAUUGCCGUUUGACCCGAAGGUGAUGGAAGAUAUUUAUGAAAAAGAAAUUCUUAUGUCCAAAUUUGCCAUCAGAAAAAUAAUGUUGCUAGAGUUCAGUCAGUACCUGGAGAACUACCUUUGGGUCAACUACUCUCCGGAGGUUUCCAGCAACGCCUUUCUCAUGUCUAUUUGCUGCAUUGUCAAUGAGAAAUUCAGGGAAAAUGUGCCAGCCUGGGAGGUGUUCAAGAAGGAGCCUGAGCAUUUUUCGUUCUUUUUCAAAUGCGUGAUGGAAGCCCUGUUGGCUGACGACCAAGGUGGCCUCACUCUGAGGGAGCAAACGGUGCUGCUGGAGUUUCUUGACCACUGCUUCAAUAGUCUUGAGGUAGACUUGAUCAGAGAGCAGGUGCAGCAGCUCAUCUCUCUGCCUAUGUGGAUGUGCCUAUUACCAUCCCGACUCCAGCACGAGCUGAAGAAAGUUCCCAAGCUACAAAAGUUCUGGAAUCUCAUCAAGAAAAAAUUUGACAAGAUGGAUGCCGAUGCAGCCGAACAGGCUAAAAAGGAGCGAACAUUCCUCUCGUCUCUCAUAAAAAAGUUUCACGGGGUCCUCGAUUCAAUACCGUCGUCAGGGAGCAUCACCAUGGACAAGGUGCAUUACUGCGAGAGAUUCGUUGAAUUCAUGAUCGACCUAGAGGCCCUGCUCCCCACUAGACGUUGGUUCAACACAGUGUUAGAUGACUCCCACCUGGUGGUCAGUUGCCACCUUUCCAGCCUCACCCAGCGGGAGAAGGAGGGCCACCUCUUCUGUCAGUUGCUCGACAUGCUCAAGUUCUACACGGGCUUUGAGAUUAACGACCAGACGGGAAACGCCCUGACGGAGAAGGAGAUGACCACACUGCACUAUGACCAAAUCACAUCGCUGCAGAGAGCAGCCUUUGCCCAUUUCCCGGAGCUGCACGACUUUGCUCUGGCCAACGUAGCUGCAGUGGACACCCGCGAAUCCCUGACCAAACAUUUUGGUUCGCUCAGCCCUAAUAUGCUCCACCGGGUGGCAUCUUACUUGUGUCUGUUGCCUGAACUCCCCAAGGAACAAGACACCACCUAUGACAAGAAGGUUCUGCUGGAGCUCUUGGUGUCUCGCCACGAGCGCAGAAUCUCUCAGAUCGAACAACUCAACCAGAUGCCCCUUUACCCCACAGAGAAGAUUAUCUGGGAUGAGAAUAUCGUCCCGACGGAGUACUUCUCUGGUGAAGGCUGCCUUGCGCUCCCAAAGCUCAACCUUCAGUUUUUGACCCUCCACGACUACCUGCUGAGGAAUUUCAACCUGUUCCGCCUCGAGUCCACCUACGAGAUCCGACAGGACAUCGAAGAUGUGGUGUGGCGCAUGAAACCCUGGCAGUCCGAGUACGGCGGCGUGGUGUUCGGCGGCUGGGCCAGGAUGGCUCAGACCAUCACCACCUUCACCAUCGUGGAGGUGGCCAAGCCCAACAUCGGCGAGAGCUGGCCGGCGCGCGUGCGGGCCGACGUCACCAUCCACCUCAAUGUGCAGGAUCACAUCAAGAACGAGUGGGAAGGGCUGCGCAAGCACGACGUUUGCUUUCUGAUCACGGUGCGUCCCACCAUGCCCUACGGCACGCGCUUCGACCGGCGCCAAGCCUUCGGCGCGCAGACGGGCCUCGUGUACGUGAGGGGCUGCGAGGUGCAGGGCAUGCUGGAUGAGCAAGGGCGUGUCAUCGAGGAAGGUCCCGAACCAAAACCCAAACUACGGGGCGACUCGAGAACCUUCCGUGUCUGGCUGGACCCCAACCAAUACCAGCAGGACAUGACCAGCAGCAUUCAGGCGGGCACCGAGGACCCGUACGAGACCUUCAACAUCAUCAUGAGACGCAAGCCAAAGGAGAACAACUUUAAGGCCGUUCUGGAGACCAUCCGAAACUUGAUGAACACCGAGUGCGUCGUCCCGGACUGGCUCCAUGACAUCAUCCUCGGCUACGGCGACCCGGGCAGCGCCCACUACUCCAAGAUGCCCAAUCAGAUCUCCACAUUGGACUUCAAUGACACUUUUCUGUCCUUGGACCACCUGCGCUCCUGCUUCCCCGGUUCAUCCAUUAAGGUCGUUGAGGAGAACCCUGAACUACAGGUCCCGCCCUUCAGAAUAAAGUUUCCAGUCUCAAGCCAAACUGAGAAAGGGAAGAAGAGGAAGGCAAAUGAUGACGUCAAGGUGGACGAGGAGGACAAAACAUUGAUUGUUGAGCCCUAUGUCACCCCCAACCGUGGGCCUUACCCUUAUAACCAGCCCAAAAGGAACACGAUUCACUUCACGCCUACUCAGAUCGAAGCCAUCCGAGCCGGCAUGCAGCCUGGGCUCACCAUGGUUGUCGGACCGCCAGGUACCGGCAAGACCGACGUCGCCGUCCAAAUCAUCUCCAACAUCUAUCACAACUUUCCCGAUCAGAGAACGCUCAUAGUCACACACUCCAACCAGGCUCUGAACCAGCUGUUUGAAAAGAUCAUGGCACUGGACAUCGACGAGCGCCACCUCCUGCGUCUUGGCCACGGAGAAGAAGAACUGGAGACUGAGAAGGACUUCAGCAGGUACGGCCGGGUUAACUACGUCCUGGCCCGACGACUGGAGCUACUCGCCGAGGUGGGAAGGUUUCAGGAGAGUUUAGGCGUUCCCGGUGAUGUCUCCUACACCUGCGAGACGGCGGGGCACUUCUACCUCUACCAGGUGAUCUCUCGGUGGGAAGAGUACCUGAGCAAAGUGAAGCCCAAACCGGGUGCGGAGGUGGAGGUAGAGGCCGUGGCGACGCUCUUCCCCUUCCACAAGUACUUCUCCAACGCGCCCCAGCCAGUGUUCAAGGGCCGCACCUAUGAGGAGGACAUGGACAUCGCCGAGGGCUGCUACCGGCACAUUAAGAAGAUAUUUACUCAGCUGGAGGAGUUCAGGGCCUUCGAGCUGCUCAGAAGCGGCCUGGACCGCACUAAAUACCUGCUGGUGAAAGAAGCCAAAAUCAUCGCCAUGACCUGCACGCACGCCGCCCUCAAACGUCACGACCUGGUGGAACUGGGUUUUAAGUACGACAACAUCCUGAUGGAGGAAGCCGCUCAGAUUCUGGAGAUCGAGACCUUCAUCCCACUUCUAUUACAGAACCCAGAAGAUGGUUACAGCAGGCUGAAACGUUGGAUCAUGAUCGGGGACCACCACCAGUUGCCCCCAGUCAUCAAAAACAUGGCCUUCCAGAAGUACUCCAACAUGGAGCAGUCGCUCUUCACUCGCUUUGUGCGCCUGGGCGUGCCCACCAUAGACCUGGACGCGCAGGGGCGCGCUCGCGCUAGUCUGUGUAAUUUGUACAACUGGCGCUACAAGCAGCUGGGGAACCUGCCGCACGUCCAGCAGCUGCCCGAGUUCCAGGUGCCCAACCCCGGCUUGACCUUUGACUUCCAGCUCAUCAACGUGGAAGACUUUAACGGCGUGGGCGAGUCGGAGCCCAACCCGUACUUCUACCAGAACCUGGGAGAGGCUGAGUAUUCCGUGGCACUGUUCAUGUACAUGCGUCUGCUGGGCUACCCGGCCGACCGAAUCAGCAUCCUCACCACCUACAACGGCCAGAAGCACCUGAUCCGAGACGUCAUCAACCAACGCUGCGCCGGCAACCACUUCUUUGGACAACCCAACAAGGUGACGACCGUCGACAGGUUCCAGGGUCAGCAGAACGACUACAUCAUCCUCUCGCUGGUCCGAACCAAAGCCGUGGGACAUCUCAGGGAUGUGAGGCGACUAGUGGUGGCCAUGUCCCGAGCGCGGCUGGGCCUUUACAUUUUUGCCCGGGUGGCGCUGUUCCAGAACUGCUUUGAAUUGACGCCCGCCUUCAACCAGCUGACGGAGCGCCCUCUGCAGCUGCACAUCCGGCCACACGAGUACUACAGCCAGGAGCAGCCGAGAGACGCUUCGGAUCAGCCGGACCAGGUGGUCCAAAACAUGCCUGAGAUGGCCAACCUUGUGUACAACAUGUACAUGCACAUGAUGCAGACCAAGUACAGACAGCAGCAGCAGCAACUCGCCAAGCCUCCGUCGCAAGCCGAGUCAGCAGAGAGCUCGCCUACCGGCCCCAAGGAGGAGCAAGAGAUGGUGGCUGUGAUCCCGGAGCAGAGCGCCAUGGAGACGGAGAGCCAAGACGGAAGCGAGAAGGUGGUGAAGUCUAAGGGAGAAGCCAGCGAGCGGGAAGCAAAGCAGGAAGCAGCCAAGAUGCCCGAGCACCCCGGACAGGACAGCGACAGCGAUGAAGAGAAUGAGGAGCACCUAAAGAGAGAAGAGCAAAAACAGAACACUUAGUUGGGACUAAUUGAGAGGACCAAGUGUAUGGCUAUGUACUACCGUGAUUAAACAUCAUGUCAUGCUUGUUAUUGAUUUUUUUUGUGUCAUUUUUCAAUAAAAAUAAAUA